UGUGGCAGGUGAGCGGGUGAGCCAGGCCGAUGGUGGUGACUGCGGCCCUGUCGGCUGCAGCUGCGGCUGCAGCCCUAUCCGGCCUGGCAAUGCGAUUGUUGCGAUUGUUGCGUUGGGCGGCGACGCGCGGCUCGUACAGCAUUUUCCGCAAGGGGCUCACGCGCACGCUGCUCACCUUCUUCGACCUGGCCUGGCGGCUGCGCGUGAACUUCCCCUACUUUUAUAUGGUGGCCUCGGUGAUGCUCAGCGUGCGGAUCGAGUGAGCCAUCGCCCGCCACAAAGGUAGCCCCUGGGUGGAGAGCGCCACCCACGCCACCCACGCCACCCACGCCACCCCCGCUGGGCGGCCGCUUGAAGGACCUUGGGGCCUCACAGUGCCUAGAGACCGCGGGGGGAAGGGUGCAGACAGGACUGCCUGGGUCCCUCCAUUUUAGGCCGCCACGGAGGGCCACAGUACUGCAUCCCAUACCACGUAAAACAAAACAAAACAAAAAAACUUAACAGCCUAGUC